AUGAUCCUCACGCAGUGCGCCGUCUGCGCCACCGAGCUUGGGCUAACCUUGGGCAAGAAAUGCGGCCGCUGCAGCACGCGCUACUGCGGGCCUGAAUGCCAGGUGCAGCACUGGAAGGAGGGCGGGCACGACCAGCUCUGCAAAUUGAUUAAAAAAGCUGGCGGCGCCGAACAGUAUAAUGCCAACACAAAGUACACGGAGGCAGUAUCGGUCGCGGCGGAGGCGUGCGCGGAGGACACGAAGGGCCAGACGUGCUACAUCUGCACGCAGGCCCUCCAUUGGAAGACGAAGGAGGGUCUCGUGCGCAUGUGUGCGUGCCGCGGGACGGCGGGUUUCGCGCACGUGUCGUGCCUGGCGGAGCAGGCGAAGAUUUUGGUCGCGGAAGUCGAGGAGAGCAAUUUGGAUCACGAGGCGAAGACUGAAAGGUGGACGCGGUGGUACACGUGCAGUCUGUGCGAGCAAGACUACCACGGCGUCGUGGCGUGCGCGCUCGGGUGGGCGUGCUGGAAGACAUACUUGGGGCGGCCGGAGGAGGAUGUGGUUCGGUACUGGCGUUGAGGCAGCUUGGGAACGGUUUGCACGGUGGAGAUCACGACAAGGACGCGUUGUCCGUAAGGAUGGCCGAG